AUGGAUGAACUCGAAGAAGCGAUCCGUGUGUCUCGCCAGGAAGUUCAAGCGACUCCUGAUCACCAUCCUGAUAUCUUAGGGCGAUUGAAUAACCUCGGAGGCAAGCUCACAAGUCGUUACGAACGAACCCGCCAGAUGGAAGAUCUCGAGGAGGCGAUCCGGGUGUCUCGCAGUGCGCUCCAGACCAUUCCUGAUGGCCAUGGUGAUCUUAGAGUGUUGUUGGAUAACCUCUCAAGCAUGCUCAAACGUCAAUACGAUCGAACCGGACAGAUAGAAGUCCUUGAGGAAGCGAUUCAGGUCUCUCGCCAGGCGGUCCGGGCCACUCCUGACGGUCAUCAUGAUCUUGUGGUACUGUUGAAUAACCUUGCAAUCAAGCUUGAAAUUCGAUACGAUCAAACUGGUCUGAUGGGAGAUCUCGAAGAGGCAAUUCGUCUACUCCGACAGGCGGUCCAGGCCACUCCUGAUAGCCAUCAUGAUCUUGCAGCAUUGUUGAAUAACCUUGGGAACAAGCUUGGAAAUCGAUACAAACAAACCGGACAGAUAGAAGACCUUGAGGAGGCUAUCCGUCUAUGUUGUGAGGCAGUUCGGGCAACUCCUAAUAACCAUCCCGACCUAGCAGGGUGGUUGAAUAACCUUGGGAACAAGCUUGAAAGUCGAUACUAUCGAACCAAACAGAUAGAAGACCUUGAGGAGGCUAUUAGUCUAUGUCGUAAGGCAGUUCAGGCAACUCCUAAUAACCAUCCCAACCUAGCAGGGUGGUUGAAUAACCUUGGAAACAAGCUCGCAAGUCGAUACGAACGAACAGGUCAGACAGAAGACCUUGAAGAGGCGAUACGUCUGUUUCGCCAGUCAAUUCAGGCUACUCAUAAUCACCCGGACCUUGCCGGGCUGUUGAAUAAUCUUGGAAGAGGGCUUUCACGUCGAUUUAAACAAACAGGUCAGACAGAGGACCUUGAGGAGGCUAUCCGGGUAUCUUACCAGGCAGUCCAAGCCACUCCCAAUGGCCAUUCAAAUCUUCCAGUGAUGUUACACAAUCUCGGUAACAACCUUAAAACCAGAUGGGAUUUAACUAAACAGAAUGAAGAUCUCGAGGAAGCGAUCCGGAUAUCUCGCCAGGCGGUUCAGGUCACUCCUAAAAAUCACCCCAAUCUUCUAACUUUGUUGAAUAACCUCCGAAACAAGCUGGACAAUCAAUACAGGCAAACUGGCAACAUUGAAGACCUUGAUGAUACAAUCCGGGUGUCUCGCCAGGCAGUCGAAGCUAUUCCUAUAAACAAUUCCAACCUUGCGGGGUUGCUAGACAACCUUGGAAACAAGCUCGCAAGCCGGUCCGAACGCACAGGACAUACGGAAGACCUCGAGGAGGCGAUCCGGGUGUCUUACCAGGCAGUCCAAGCCACUCCCGAUGAUCAUCCAGAUCUUCCAGCUCGGUUAAAUAACCUCGGAAGCAAACUUAAAGGUCGAUACAAUCAAAAUGGACAGACGGAGGACCUUGAGGAGGCGAUCCGGGUGUCUCGCCAGGCGGUUCAGGCCACCCCUGACGGCCAUCAUAAUCUUGUAAUAUUGUUGAAUAGCCUUGGGAACAAGCUUGAGGUUCGAUACAAACGAACCAGACAGAUAGAAGACCUUGAGGAGGCUAUCAGUCUAUGUCGUAAGGCAGUUCAGGCAACUCCUAAUAACCAUCCCAACCUAGCAGGGUGGUUGAAUAACCUUGGAAACAAGCUUGCAAGUCGAUACGAACGAACAGGUCAGACAGAAGACCUUGAAGAGGCGAUAAAUCUAUUGCGCCAAUCAGUUCAGGCUACUUCUGAUGGCCAUCCUGAUCUUCCAGGGCGCUUAACCUGCCUCGGACAUGAGCUCGCAAACCGAUACGAACGCACAGGACAGAUAGAAGACCUCGAAGAAGCGAUUCGCCUCUCUUACCAGUCAGUUCAGGCCACUCCUGAUAGCGAUCCUGGUUUUCUAGGGCGCUUAAACUGCCUCGGACAUGAGCUCGUAAGCCGAUACGAACGUACAGGACAGAUAGAAGACCUCGAAGAAGCGAUUCGCCUCUCUUACCAGUCAGUUCAGGCCACUCCUGAUAGCGAUCCUGGUUUUCUAGGGAGGCUCAAUAAUCUGGGAAAUAAUCUCGCAAGUCGAUACGAACGCACAGGACAGAUAAAAGACCUCGAGGAGGCGAUCCGAGUGCAUCUUCAGGUUGUUCAGGCCUGUCCUGACGACCACCCUGAUCUGGCAAGGUGGUUAAGUAACCUUGGAAGAGAUCUAGCAAAUCGAUACGAUCAAAAAGGCCAGACAACAGAUCUCAACGAGGCGAUCCGGGUAUCUCGCCAAGCAGUUCAAGCUACUCCUGAUGGCCAUCCUGAUAUAGCUGGAUUAUUGAAUAAACUCGGAAACAAGCUCGAAUGUCGAUAUGAUCGAACAGGACAAACGGAAGACCUGGAAGAGGGUAUUCAUCUAUCUCGUCAAGCCGUCCAGGCUACUCCCGAUGGCCACCCUGAUCUUCUAGGGCGCUUGAAUAGCCUUGGGAGCAAGCUUGAAAAUCGAUACAAACAAACCGGACAGAUGAAAGACCUUGAGGAGGCUAUCCGUCUAUGUCGUGAGGCAGUUCAGUCAACUCCUAAUGACCAUCCUAACCUAGCAGGGUGGUUGAAUAACCUUGGGAGUAAGCUCGAAAGUCGAUACGAACGAACAGGUCAGACAGAAGACCUUGAAGAGGCGAUAUACCUAUAUCACCAGGCAGUUCAGCGCACACCUGAUAAUCAUCCUAGUCUGGUAGGAUUAUGGGAUAUCCUCGGAAAUGGCCUCGAACGUCGACACAAAUAUACAGGGCAGAUAGAAGACCUCGAGGAAGCGAUCCGUCUGUCUCGCCAGUCAGUUCAGGCCACCCCUGGUGAUCAUCCUAAUCUUCCAGGUAGGUAUAAUAACUUAGGAAACAAGCUCGGAAGUCGAUACAAUCAAAACGGACAGAUGGAAGACCUCGAGGAGGCGAUCCGGGUGUCUCGCCAGGCGGUUCAGGCCACUCCCGAUGGCCACCCUGAUCUUCUAGGGCGCUUUAAUAACCUUGGGAACAAGCUUGAAACUCGAUACAAACGAACCAGACAGAUAGAAGACCUUGAGGAGGCUAUCAGUCUAUGUCGCAAGGCAGUUCAGGCAACUCCUAAUAACCAUCCCAACCUAGCAGGGUUGUUAAAUAACCUUGGAAACAAGCUCGCAGGUCGACACGGACGCACAGGACAUACGGAAGACCUCGAGGAGGCGAUCCGGGUGUCUCGCCAGGCAGUCCAAGCCACUCCCGAUGAUCAUCCAGAUCUUCCAGCUCGGUUAAAUAACCUCGGAAACAAACUUGAAGGUCGAUACAAUCAAAACGGACAGAUGGAAGACCUUGAGGAGGCGAUCCGGGUGUCUCGCCAGGCAGUUCAGACCACUCCUGUUGACCAUCCUGAUCUUGCAACAUUGUUAUACAACUUUGCAAACAAACUCGAAACUCGAUAUGAACGCACAGGACAAAUGAACGACCUUGAAGAGGGGAUCCUGGUCUCCCAACAGGCGGUGAAGAUCAGCCUAGCACCACCUCUUGUUCGGAUUAUGGCUUCUACAUUGGCCCUUCGACUCUUUCUCAAGCGAGGAGAUCAUGAAGGUGGCUAUAAACUAUCUGUUGAAGCUAUCAAUAUCCUUCGGCUGGUUCACACAAGGUCCUUGACGUUACAAGAUCGACAAUAUGUCGUUUCGCAUGCGUCUGGCUUAGCAACCCAAGCCUGCUCUCUUGCCCUUCAAAUUGGGCAACCCCUUUUCGAAGCUGUACGAUGGUUAGAGACAGGACGUGGUGUCAUCCUUAGUCUUCUUAUGGAUGACAGGAGUGACACGUCUAAGCUAAGGAAGGCGAACCCCGCUUUGUGUGCUUUGUACGAACGCCUUCGCCUCGAAGUCAAUACUUCAACGGUGAGCACCACAUCACAUAGAAAGGGAAAAUCCUUCUCCAUCAGACGGCCAAAGGCAAUCGAGGAGCUCGAAAAAUGCAUACAGGAUAUACGACAGCUCCCUGGCCUCGACUCUUUUCAACAGGGCAUUACGGCGGAGCAAUUACAGGAUGCAUCCAAUGAGGGGAGUAUCAUUGUAGUGAACAUCACUAGCCUAAGAAGCGAUGCUAUCAUCGUCUCUGCAUCCGGAAUAAGCCUGGUCCCUCUUCCUCGAUUUGGGGAGGUUGAGGCGCAGAGUUGGGUCAACCAGAAGUUGACUUCAGCUUCAUCUAAGGAACGUGGUGUGAACAACAAAUCAUAUCGCCGAUUUUUGACCUGGCUUUGGCGGGAGUGCGUAAAGCCUGUCCUCACUAAACUUGGUCACUCUGUGCAAUCUUCUCCGGCUCAUUUCCCUUUCACGCUGCGGGUGACACCUUUCCAGGAGAGAAUACAUUCUGUCGCGUACUAUCUUCUUACGCCCCUUCGAUUAAGGCGCUCUUACACGCCAGAGAGCGGGUUUCUAUCUCUAUCCCAUCAGAAAAACCCCCCCUCAAAGCUACUCAUGGUUACCAUGGCCAACACGCCCGGCGCUGGUGAUUUACCUGGGGUAAAGGCUGAAAGAUCUACAGUCCUAGCAGCACUUGGAACAACAGUUCAAGUGGAAGCUCUCGACCAACCAGACUCCGCAAGCGUUAUGCUCCAGAUUCAAGAAUGCAAUAUUGCCCAUUUUGCUUGCCACGGUACCUCAGACUCGCUUGAUCCUUCUCAAAGUGGCCUUCUACUACAGACUACCAGUCCACAUCCAGAACAGGAUAUCUUGAGUGUCCUGAAACUUUGUGAAAAUCAUCCAACGCUUGGAGAGAUAGCAUACCUCUCUGCAUGCUCAACUGCAGAGAACAGGGUGGAAGAGCUUGUGGACGAGGUCCUCCAUGUGGUGAGUGGCUUCCAGGUUGCCGGAUUCAGACACGUCAUUGGGACUUUGUGGCCAUCUGAUGACAGUGUGUGCGUGGAGGUUGCGAGGUCGUUCUAUACUGAGCUUUGCCGGAACGGUGCUCUGGAUUAUAGUGGCAGAGCUGUCGCGAUGGCGCUUCAUAAAGCGGUUUCCGACGUUUCUAAGAGUGUUGACUAUCGAAACCGGCCGUUACAUUGGGCCCAGUAUGUCCAUUAUGGUGCUUAA